AUGUCCACGUCCAUGUCUACAUCCACGGACAAUAACAAUAACAACAACAACAACAAUAACAUCAACAACAACAAUAACUACAGUUUGUCAUCAUCGCCUCCAUCGACUUCAUUAGAAGUCACAACUAUACUGCAACAACAACAACAACAACAACAACAACAACAACAUCAACAAACUGUAGAUGAUACACAACAGCAACAACAACAGAAGUUCUCAAGAUCAUCACCAACUCUGUCAAUACAACGAAGAACAUUCUCAAUGUCCGGUAGUAACAGUGCAACUGUAGCAGGAGUAACACAACAACAAGGAGUCGAUAACAAAGUAAUAUUUGAUAAGGACGACCCAUUCAUGUCAAAGACUUAUAUUGGCUCUGUUCUCGAAAGUGUCACGCCAACACAAUCAUUCAUUGAGCCUCAGCUUCCGACAUCACCAGACACAUCCACUCAGAACUCGCCCACAGCCUCAACCACACCCACAUCCGAUACUACAACGACAACACCAACAAAGAUAACUAUUGUUGCAGAGACAGGAACAGGUACUGUUGGUACAGGUACUACUGGUACUACGUCAUCAAUCACAACAGACUCACUGUUGGAGUCUAUAUUGAGCUUCCCAGAGAUACCUUCAAAGGGCAGCCCUGGCUCAUCACCUUGGAGCAAGGCACAGCAACAACAACAACAACAACAACAGUCACAGCCAAAUCCACAACAGAUUACGACACCUGCACUCAAUAUACCAUCAACAUCAUCAUCGUCAUCAUCGGACCCACCACGCACGCCAUCUCCAACGAUACCAUUGUCACCCUCUUGGAGCUUCGCCUCACACAAGAGAGUUGCAAGCGAGUCGACAACCACCGCCUCGCCACCAACCUCAGCAUCAGCAUCAUCAUCAUUCAUAUCAUUCAAUCAACGAUCCAGUAUGAAUGUCACAUCGCUGUCCGCUUCGGCCUCCUCCCUGGAGGACGCCAGACCAAAAUCAAUGAUCAUUCAGGACAUGUCAACACUGGCCCGGUCAGAGACAGUGCAACAACAGCAACAACAGCAACCUACAACAACCACUACAACAUGCAGUCUGGCCGCAGAGCUUGACGAUGCCGAAUCACUGAAUGGCGUGACGCCAAGACUGCCACCCAAGCCAAUGUACUAUGACGAUGAUGAGAGCAGCAGCUCUGAGGAAGAGUACGACGAGGACUCAAGUGACAGCGAUGAGAUGAUGCUUAGCAACACAUCAUUGAGUGUUGCAAUCGACGAACAUUCAGCCACCACUGUCACAUUCAAUCUGCACGAUCUUACAGACACGGUCAUUGUACACGUGCUCAGCUUCAUGGUCGCCGAAGACCUGCUGACGAUCAGUAGGGUCGGCAAGCGAUUGAACACACUCGUCAACCAGACCCAGUCGCUCUGGAAGGACCUGACGGUGCACUACCUCAAGGUGUUUGAGGAGCCGUGCGAUGUCAACCUGUGGGACGAGGAGUUGCUGCAACAAAGCCACUCACAUCAACAACAGCAACAACAGGCCGCCGCCGCAAUGGCUUCGAGCAAGUCUCUGAGUACUAAGGACAAGAGAAGCGUCACGUUGUCCUCCAAGGACCAGCGCAAGUCUGUGAUUGACGUUGGAAAGAAGGGCAAGGGCGGAAGCACCUUGUCUCUGGCCACUGGCGCAUCAAUGGCGACGGCCGUCUCAUCACAGGCCAACUCCACAGUGAUGGCACUCAACUUUACACUGCGCAAGCUCACGCCACUCACGAGCGUGCCAUCCACCGAUGAGGUCAACGAGUUUAUCAAUCACUGCCAUACGUUCCCCGCCACAAUGCUACUGCGCAAACUUAUCCAGCGAUACCUGGUGCCAAGGGAGUUCUGCUAUGCGGCCAAUGUGGAUCAAUGGAGGAGGAUGGUCGAGGUGCCCAUUCAACUUCGUGUGGCCAAGCUAUUGCGCAAGGUUGUUGAUCACAAGCCACUCAAGCUGGGCUAUCCAUCUUUGCUGAUCCUCAAGUCCUUUGUCAGGGGUUACCUUGUGUCAACAUCCGAUAUGGCCAGAGGGAUCAAUCUAAGCAUCCAGAGAAGAUUAACAAUGAGUUCAGCAAUCAAACGUGUUGAUAUGGCUAAGAUGUCUGAGAACUCAUCGAUACUCACCAGGAUAUUCAUGACAUUGGACUUGAAUUCAAUAUGCAGCUGUCUAUUGGUAUGCAAGCGAUGGAACCAUGCUGUAUCCAAUGGAAACAUUUGGGAGCAUCUCUAUCUCCAAUAUAAGAAGCGAUUGUAUAAUGACGAGGAGGAUAUAAGCAUAUGGGAUGAGGUCAAUCCUGUCAAGUACUACAUCGAGAUCAACGCGGCACUUAGUAUAUCUACACCACCGAUGUUGUCACCUGGUGCACUAUCACCUCUGGCAUUCGCAGGACUCAGCAAUAUAUCUGGAAGCAGUAGCAACAACAACGCAAACAAUAGCAUUACAUCAUCACCUUUGACAUUGGGCUCAAGUGGAUCGGGAUUGGUCCAGCCUUCCAAGUUGUCCAUCGAAGAGAAUACAAUGGAUGACACUGUAAGCUCGACCACAACCACCGCCACGGCGACACCAAUCACAACUUCAGUCACAGCGACGCCACUGGCCACUGCAGCCACACCAAGCACAGCCGUCGACGAGAUCGAUGCCUUGUCCACAUCAUCACCAGCUCUGGCAUCAUCCGUGGCACCUACACCAACACCCGUCACGCCAGGUGAUACAACGCCCAAGUUGUAUUUGAUGACACUCAAUCAAUUGGUUGAGAAGCUGACAUCAAUCAUCACAAUCAUUGAUAUAUCAGAGCUCAAUGCAUGUUUGACAACAUACAGGACGUUCACGACAACACCAAAGCUUAUAUACAAGUUGUUACAACGAUUCCAUGUACCGCGACCAAUCGAGGCCACUCCUAUCUCGCCGGUGGAGUGGAAAAAGAGGAUAGUCAGCCCUAUACAACACAACGUCUGCAAGGUGCUAAAGAAGCUGAUCGAUGAACAGUCGGCCGACUUUAACCAAGACGUCAUUGAUGUGCUCAAGAUCUUCCUGCAGCACAUCCUCGUCGACAAGACAUCGUUGACCAACUAUCUGAAGCGAUCAUUCAUCAUCAAGGUGCUCAAGUUUGACAUUGGUCUGCAGCCUGGAGGAAUCGGACACCCUCAAUCCAAUGCCAACAAGCGAGCGACAAAGGUUGGCCUGAGGAUGAUGUCAUGGAAGCCCUCUCAGGUGUUCUCCGAGGUGCUCUCGUUGCCAGCCGAGGAGAUUGCCAGACAGCUGACGAUGAUAGAGUUUGAGAUCUACUCCAAGAUACACUCGGACGAGUUCCUGAACCAAGCUUGGGCCAAGGAGAAGACCAAGCAUCUGGCGCCCAACAUCAGGUCCGCCAUCGACCGAUUCAACCUCAUCACCAAGUGGGUGUGCACCGUCAUUCUGAAAGAGGAGAAGAUACGAGGUCGUGUCAAAUGUAUCAGUAAGCUACUAAAGGUUGCCAAGGUCCUACGCUCACAUGCCAACUACCAUUCGCUGAUGGCCAUCCUAUCUGGAUUGAAUGAAGCUCCAAUCCAUCGACUGAAGUUUACAUUUGCAGAGCUAAAGCCAAAGAUCCAAAAGUUAUGUUCAGAACUACAAGCAUUGAUGACUGUCGAAGGUAAUCAUGAGACAUACAGGACUGAGCUAAACUCGAUUUAUGGAAAGCAACCAUGUAUACCAUAUCUAGGUGUAUUUUUAAAGGAUAUUACCUUCUACCAAGAAGGAUCCGCCGGACAGAGCGCAGACGGAAUCAAUCUGAAGCAGAGCAAGAAUGUUUACAGUGUUCUCAGAAGCAUUAGGAGUUGCCAAAAGAAUCCUUACACAUUCGAACAGAAUCCAAGACUGUACGAAUUCUUAGUCAAUCUCAUGGUGUCCAAUGAGGACGAGCUUUACUCACUAUCGUUGCUCCGUGAGCCCAGGAACUGCAAGAGGUCCGACCUAAUCUAA